AUGGAUGAAGGUGAUUGGUUUGAAAUCAAGAAUUUCAAAGUGGUUCCUGCUUCUGCUUUGACAAGGUUGAGCAGGCACAAAUACCAAAUUGAGAUGUCAGCUUCUUCGUUGAUUGAUCUGUAUGGAGCUUUGGUUGGGGUUGGCGAUCUUGUGCCAUUUCAAGAUGAAGCUACUGGUGGGAUAAACCAUAAAAUAACUUUCUCUUUGAUCGACAUUGAGUUUGAUGAAUUAAAGUGUGUGGCUUAUGGAAAUAAGGCUAUAGAGUUUUAUCAAAAAUGGAACUCUUCUGUUACUGCCGUAAAACUAUGUGUUCUGAAUUUCUGGUGUAUUGAAUGGGGUGAAGGUCGAAUCAAACAUGUCACUAACCUUGAAGAGUUUUCAAAAAUCUUGAUUGAGCCCGAAAUUCCCGAAAUCCAGGCGUUUCGUAUGAGGUACUUUAGGAUUACAGGUAUAAGCAUGCGUGAAGACAUAAGCGUGAGUGGAGUCGGGAUCCCAAAUGUUUUACAUGACAUAACAAAUUUCAGACCCAAUGUCACAAAAGAUGCAAGAACAGAAAGGCGUCUCAAAUUGCUUCACAAACGUAAUAAAAUGGAUUCAGGAAUCACAGAGGUUACUCAAUCGGAGAUUGUAGCAGACACAAUAACAGAAAAAAACAGCCAAUUUGAAGAUCAACCUCAAUCUGCCAAAAAUAAGAGGAAACGCUGCGAAAUAUCGCUCGGGGGAAGUUCGUCCAGUCCUACCCUCAAAAGAAGUUAUACUGGUGUUGAAUCCUCAGGAGCUGUCUCUAUUAUCGAUACAGUUCUUACAUCUACACCCAUACCUCUGGACUCUGAUUCAUCAGAUAGUGGGGAUGAUUUAUGGGAUUGUUCAAGUAAUGAAGGUGGAGAGUUUCUUUCUGAUUCCGAUACAAGCGAGGAAAACGACUCAGAAGUUAGAGAAAGUGAUGCCCAUAAAAAAUUCUUGCUGGUAUCGAAAGCUGAAAGAGCUUUUUCAGAGAUGUUGACACGCUUGACGAAGCAAAUUCCGCAAAAGCCAACUAAAGCUAUAAUCUCCAGUAAUCCCACUAAAGAUAAUGAGAUUUUAGGUCGUUCAAAGAACACUAUCCUGGCUACAGACUUAAACUCGAGACCUAUUGUUUCAAGUAACGAACAAAGAGAAAAAGAUUAUAAAGAUGAUGGUGAUCUAACACACGAAUGUCCAAAAUGUGGAGCUCUUUUUUGGUAUAAUGAACGUGUUAGUAAGAGCAGGCAUGCAAGUAUUCCAGUGUUUACCAUGUGCUGUAUGCGAGGAAAAAUCAAGCUUCCACUUCUACAAGAACCACCAGAACUUUUAAUGGGUCUGCUAACAAAGGAUGAUGCUAUUAGCAAGCAUUACCAACAAAAUAUUAGACCUUUUAAUAUGAUGUUUUCCUUUACGUCUCUCGGAGGUAAGAUUGAUAAUUCUGUUAAUCUGGGUAAAGGUCCUAAGGUUUUUAAGCUACAUGGGGAGAAUUUCCAUUUGAUUGGUAGUGUGAAACCUAAACCGAAUGAAUCUGCUAAGUUCUCCCAGUUAUAUAUCCAUGAUACAGAAAACGAAGUUCAGAAUCGGAUAUCUGCUUUGAGUGGGAGUGCUGAGAAAAGUAAGAUUAGAGAAGAUCUGGUUGAAGCGCUGAUGAACAUGCUAAGAGCCUCAAAUAUUCAUGUGAAGACGUUCAGGAAUAAUAUGGACAGGUUCAAUGAUGAUUCAGAAGUUGAAGAAUUAUCUCUGAAACUUAUCAACACUCGAGUUAGAGAUGGUCGUGUUUAUAAUCUACCUACUUCUUCUGAAGUUGCUGCAUUAGUGGUUGGAGAUUUCCACGAAAAUAUGGACAAACGUGAUAUUAUUUUGCAAAAGAAUUCUGGAAAGCUGAAAAGGAUCAGUGAGUUGCAUCCUUGCUAUCUUCCACUUCAAUACCCACUCAUAUUUCCUUACGGAGAAGAUGGAUAUCGGUUAGGUAUCAAAAAUGGUUUCACGGGAGUCAUCAGAAAUAAAAAACCAAAUAUAAGUAUGAGGGAGUUUUUUGCUUAUCGGAUAAUGGUUCGUGAAGUUGGUUCUCAGGCUCUUCUACUUUCACGCCGUUUACUCCAACAGUUUCUGUCAAAUUUAAGGACGUUGAAGUUUAGCAAGUUCGUGGCUGCUGCAAAUGAUGGCAAUUCUAACGUGUCUAUUGAUGGUAACCGUAUCAUUAUUCCUUCGUCAUUUACUGGUGGUCCAAGGUACAUGCACAAAAUGUAUUUGGAUGCAAUGUCAAUAUGCAAAUAUUUUGGAUUUCCAGAUCUCUUUAUAACCUUCACAUGUAAUCCUAAAUGGCCUGAGCUGAUGAGGUAUCUUGAGAAGUACAACCUUAAACCUGAGGACCGACCAGAGUUGUGUUGUAGACUUUUUAAAAUUAAGCUAGAUAGUUUGAUGGAUGAUCUGACAAAGAAAAAUUUGCUCGGGAAGACAGUGUCUGCCAUUUAUACUAUCGAGUUUCAGAAAAGAGGACUUCCACAUGCUCAUAUUUUAUUGUUCAUGGACUCCAAGCACAAGUUUCCAAAUGCUGAAGAUAUUGAUCGGAUCAUAUCUGCUGAAAUUCCAGACAAAGCUCAAGAACCAAGAUUAUAUGAAGUUGUGAAAGACAUGAUGAUUCAUGGACCAUGUGGAAAGGUUAAUAGAGAUUCUCCGUGUAUGCAAGAUUGGAAGUGUACUAAAUUUUUUCCCAGAAAAAAUGUGGAGAAGACUACAGUGGAUUCUCAGGGCUAUCCUGUUUAUAGGAGACGAGAUAAUGGAUCCUUUGUUGAGAAGAGAGGCAUUCAGAUUGAUAAUCGUUAUGUGGUUCCCUACAACAAAGAGCUGUCACUAAUGUACAAUGCACAUAUUAAUGUGGAAUGGUGUAAUCAGUCAAGAUCUAUUAAGUACUUAUUUAAGUACAUUAACAAGGGUCAAGACCGUAUCACAGGCACGAUUACUCAGAAGGCUAAUGUUGAGGCUACUACUGUAGGAGACACUUCUACUAACGCCUCAGCUGCAGAAGGACCCACAGUAGCAGUAGAAGGCGAUAUGGCAGCUGCAGAGGGAGUGGAACCAACUAUUGAUGAAAUUAAGAAGUACUUCGAUGCUAGGUACUUAUCAGCCUGUGAAUCAACAUGGAGGAUUCUAGCAUAUCCGACACAAUACCGUUCUACACCAGUUGAGUACCUUACUUUUCAUCUUGAGGGAGAACAGCCUGUCGUUUACAAAGAGGGUGAUACAGUGGAAAGUGUAUUGGCUCGAGCACAUCUCUCCAAGACCAUGUUCUUGGCUUGGUUUGAUUGUUGUAAGAUGUACCCUGAAGCUAGAGAGUUGACAUAUGCAGAACUUCCCACCAAGUUUGUAUAUGAUAUUUCUCCAGGUUCUGGCCAACUAUAUUAUCUUAGAGUAUUACUUAACAAGAUAAAAGGUCCUAGAUCCUAUGAUGAUAUCAAGACAGUAAACGGGAUUGUUUUACCAAGCUUUGAGGAUGCAUGUUAUGCACUUGGUUUGUUGGAUGAUGAUAAAGAGUACAUUGAGGGAUUAAAAGAAUGUAGUUUUUACGCUUCUGCUGGAUCUGUGCGCCACUUAUUUGUAAAGAUGCUGUUAUCUGAUUGUUUAUCUAUGCCCAGAUCAGUGUGGGAUGCUACGAAAGAUAUAUUAUCAGAAGAUAUCAUAUUUAAUGAGCGUAAGAAGCGUCGAAAUCCUGGUCUUAUUUUGAGUGAAGAUGAAAUUCUCAAUGCAACGUUGGUACUAAUUGAAAAGAUAUUGCGUUCGAAGAAUGGUUCACUGCAUAAAUGGUCUACAAUGCCCAAACCUGUAUUUGUCGAUGAAUCACUGGUAGACAACAUGCUUUUACAAGAGGAGCUCAACUAUCCAAGAGAUGAACUACGAGCUAGGCACGACCAGUGGAUAAGACAAUUGACUGAUGAGCAAAGAUCUGUUUAUGAUGAGAUUCUAGGAUCUGUCCAGAGUUGUAAAGGUGGAGUAUUUUUUGUCUACGGUUUUGGAGGAACAGGGAAAACUUUUUUGUGGAAUAUUCUUUCAGCUGCAAUUCGUUCAAAGGGUGAUGUGGUUCUUAAUGUUGCAUCUAGCGGUAUUGCCUCUUUGUUGCUACCAGGGGGGAGGACAGCACAUUCCCGGUUUGGGAUUCCUAUUAACCCAGACCAGUUCUCCACGUGCAAUAUACAACCUGGUAGUGAUCAGGCCGAAUUAGUAAAAAGGGCAUCACUUAUUAUUUGGGACGAGGCACCUAUGAUGAGUAAACAUUGCUUUGAAGCCCUUGAUCGUACUAUAUGUGACAUUAUGAGGACUACUGAUGAAAGACCAUUUGGUGGGAAGGUUGUCGUUUUCGGUGGCGAUUUCAGACAAAUACUACCAGUUAUUCCUCAAGGAAAUCGAGCUGAUAUUGUGAAGGCCUCUAUCAAUUCAUCAUAUUUAUGGAACCAUUGCAAAGUCUUAGAGCUAACAAGGAACAUGAGGCUCUUUUCUGAGCCUGAUUGUCGAGAAGCUGAGGAGAUAAAAGAAUUUUCACAGUGGAUUUUGAAACUAGGUGAUGGAAAGAUUAAUGAGCCAAACAAUGGAGAAACUAUGAUUGAUAUUCCUAAAGAUCUGCUGGUUACAAGUUGCAAAGAUCCUAUUGAGGGAAUCGUCUCAGCAGUAUAUGGCAACGAUUUCAAAGAUUCCAAGGAUCCACUGUUCUUCCAGGAAAGAGCUAUAUUGUCUCCUACCAAUGAAGAUGUUGAUGUUAUUAACAAUUAUAUGCUUGAUCGUCUGGAAGGUGAAGAGAGGAUUUAUUUGAGCUCUGAUAGUAUUGAUCCAACUGAUACGAACUCCAAAGAUGAUUCUGUCUUCUCUCCAGAAUUUCUUAACAGUAUCAAAACAUCAGGUUUACCUAAUCAUGCACUAAGACUUAGGAUUGGUACACCGGUUAUGAUAUUAAGAAAUAUCGAUCCGUCCGAAGGUUUAUGUAAUGGGACACGGCUACAGAUUACUCAAUUGGCGGAUCAUCUGAUUGGAGCGAAAGUAAUUACUGGAACUCGAGUUGGUGAGAAGGUGUGGUUACACCGCAUUCUGAUUACGCCCACAGACUCUAAGCUUCCUUUCAAAAUGAGGCGCAGACAGUUUCCUUUAAAAGUUGCAUUUGCUAUGACCAUCAAUAAGAGCCAGGGCCAAACGUUAGCCAAUGUUGGACUCUAUCUACCUAGACCUGUUUUUUCACAUGGACAAUUGUACGUGGCGGUAUCUAGGGUCAAGUCGAGAAAGGGAUUGAAGAUUUUGAUUACUGACAAAGAUGGAAAAUCUCAACUCUCAACAAUGAAUGUAGUAUUCAAGGAGGUUUUCCAGAAUCUGUUUGAAAAUCGAGAUCAAGCAGGGGUGGAAUGCGAUGUCUGUUCUAUUGGAGAUUAUGAACGAGACAUUGAAUAA